AUGGCGUCGCGCUCCUCCAUGCUCAACAGGCCCGGGCCCCUAGAGCACAUUGAGCUCGGCCCGGGCGAGCGGAAGAUUGUUCUGGAUGUGGACCACCGAGUUAACAACUGCAUCUCAAUGUGCAUAAACAAAGAAGACCACACGUUGGGAGGACUUAUGCGAAACCAAUUGCUCCGCGAUCCUGGCGUUUGCUUCGCUGGUUACCGAAACCCUCAUCCAUUAGAACCCCGAAUUGAAGUUCGAUGCCAGACAAAUGAAACUGCUCAAGGCAACGACGGUCCCAUCAUAGCGGUCCAUAACGCUUUAAUAACGUUGAGAGAGGAGGCCUCGAACGUCAUGGACCAGGUUGUUGCUCAAGAAGCAAAAUGGGCGCAUCAAGCAUAG